GGGGACAGUCAACAUCUCGUCUUUGAUUCUUUGACUUCAGGAGGAUGUAACCACCGAGCCUGCCUCCCCAAUUAAGAAGAUGCAGAAGGGAAUACGACUCAAUGAUGGUCAUGUCACCUAUCUGGGGCUUUUGGCGAAGAAAGACGGCACGAGACGAGGGUGCUUGAGCAAAAAAAGCUCCGACAACACGAAAUGGCACGCAAAGUGGUUCACUCUGCUGCAGAACAUGCUCUUUUAUUUUGAGAACGAGUCCAGCUCUCGACCCUCGGGAUUGUACUUGUUGGAGGGAUGCAUCUGCGACAGGGCGCCUUCACCCAAACCUUCACUGUCAGCCAAAGAGUGUUUGGAAAAGCAGUACUAUUUCACAGUCAGCUUCACUCAUGAAAACCAAAAGGCUCUUGAGUUGCGCACAGAAGAUGUAAAAGACUGCGAUGAAUGGGUGGCUGCAAUAUCACAUGCCAGUUACAGAAACUUGGCUACCGAGCAUGAGACUCUCAUGCAGAAGUAUCUUCAUCUGCUUCAGAUUGUGGAGACUGAGAAAACAGUUGCUAAGCAACUUCGACAACAGAUAGAAGAUGGCGAAAUAGAGAUUGAAAGGCUGAAGUCAGAGAUCGCUGGACUGCUCAAAGACAAUGAGAAGAUCCACGCCAGCCCGGCAGCCGCCCCAACCGAGGACGACUCAGAAAUCAAGAAGAUCAAAAAGGUUCAGAGUUUUCUGCGAGGCUGGAUUUGCAGAAGGAAGUGGAAAACCAUCAUCCAGGAUUACAUCCGCUCGCCUCAUGCAGAGAGCAUGAGGAAAAGGAACCAGGUGGUGUUCAGUAUGUUGGAUUCGGAGGCAGAGUAUGUUCAGCAGCUUCACAUUCUGGUGAACAACUUCCUGCGGCCGCUGCGCAUGGCUGCCAGCUCCAAGAAGCCGCCCAUCACCCACGAUGACGUCAGCAGCAUAUUCCUCAACAGUGAAACUAUCAUGUUCCUGCAUCAGAUAUUCUACCAGGGUCUGAAAGCCAGGAUAGCAAGCUGGCCGACAUUAGUGCUGGCUGACCUUUUCGACAUCUUGCUGCCCAUGCUGAACAUCUACCAGGAGUUUGUGAGGAACCACCAGUACAGCCUGCAGAUCCUGGCUCACUGUAAGCAAAACCGGGACUUUGACAAGCUGCUGAAGCAGUAUGAGGCCAAGCCCGACUGUGAGGAGAGGACUCUGGAGACCUUUCUUACCUACCCCAUGUUCCAGAUUCCUCGAUACAUUCUCACUCUCCAUGAGCUUCUGGCCCACACACCCCAUGAACACAUAGAGAGAAACAGCCUGGACUACGCCAAAUCGAAGCUGGAGGAGCUUUCAAGAAUCAUGCAUGAUGAGGUCAGCGAGACCGAAAACAUCAGGAAGAACCUGGCGAUAGAGCGCAUGAUCAUUGAGGGCUGCGAAGUGCUCCUUGACACCAGCCAGACGUUUGUAAGACAAGGGUCUCUGAUUCAGGUGCCAAUGAGCGAGAAGGGCAAAAUCACCCGUGGGCGACUGGGUUCUCUGUCUUUAAAGAAGGAAGGGGAGAGGCAGUGUUUCCUCUUCUCUAAGCAUUUAAUCAUCUGCACCAGGGGUUCUGGUGGAAAGCUUCAUCUCACCAAGAAUGGAGUUGUCUCGCUAAUAGACUGCACUUUGAUGGAGGACCCUGAGGGAACAGAUGAUGAAUCAAAAUCAGACAAGAGCGGCCAGGACAUGGAGCACCUGGACUUCAAGAUCGUGGUGGAGCCAAAGGACAGCCAGUCAUUCACCGUCAUCCUGGUGGCCUCCUCCAGGCAGGAGAAGUCUGCAUGGACCAGUGACAUCAGCCAGUGCAUAGACAACAUCCGCUGCAACGGCCUCAUGAUGAAUGCCUUUGAGGACAACUCCAAGGUCACAGUGCCACAGAUGAUCAAAUCAGAUUCAACUCUGUAUUGCGAUGAUGUGGACAUUCGCUUCAGCAAGAUGAUGAACUCCUGCAAAGUGCUGCAGAUUCGUUACGCCAGUGUUGAACGCCUGCUGGAGAGACUGACCGAUCUUCGGUUCCUCUCGAUCGACUUCCUUAACACCUUCCUCCACUCCUAUCGUGUAUUCACCACGGCUGACGUGGUGUUAGAUAAACUCAUCACCAUCUACAAGAAGCCCAUCAGUGCCAUCCCUGCUCGGUCCCUGGAGCUGUUCUUUGCCAGCAGUCAAAACAGUAAACUCCUAUAUGGGGAGACUCCCAGCUCUCCCAGGGCCAGCAGAAAGUUUUCCUCCCCUCCUCCUCUGGCGAUUGCCAAGAACUCGUCCCCCAACCGGCGCCGCAAGCUCUCCCUCAACAUCCCCAUCAUCACUGGGGGCAAAGCUCUUGACCUGGCUGCCCUCAGCUGCUCCUCAAAUGGCUAUGCAAGCAUGUACUCCUCAAUGUCCCCAUUCAGCAAGACCACAUUGGACAUCAACAAGCUCUACGUGUCCAGCCCUAUCACGAGCAAGAUCUCUGAUGAGGGCGAGGACAAAAAGGACAAGGUGGAGGACACGUCCAUGUGCAAACAAGAUCUCUCAGUGCGAGAAGAAAGUGACAACGAUCAAAAUCAGAGUGAUGACUGCGAUGCAGAGUCGUCUCCGACGAAAUCUCCCACCACGCCAAAAAACGUCAAAUGCAAAAACUCCUCAGAGUUUUCUUUGUUUUCCUACAACAAUGGCAUGGUCAUGUCCUCGUGUCGAGAGCUCGACAACAACCGCAGCGCUCUAUCUGCUGCCUCCGCCUUUGCCAUCGCCACAGCUGGAGCCAACGAGGGAACACCAACCAAGGAAAAGUAUCGACGGAUGUCCCUUGCCAGCACAGGUUUUCCAACAGAUCAGAGAAAUGGAGACAAAGAGUUUGUGAUCAGACGAGCAGCGACCAACAGAGUCUUGAACGUACUGAGGCACUGGGUGUCCAAACACUCUCCGGACUUUGACAGCAACAAUGAGCUGAAGACAAAAGUUAUUGCUUUCCUGGAGGAAGUGAUGCACGACCCCGAGCUGCUGACGCAGGAGAGAAAGGCUGCUGCAAACAUCAUCAGGACUUUAACUCAGGAAGAUCAUGGUGACAACCAGAUCACCAUGGAAGAUGUAACACAACUGGCUGGAGCAGGGAAGGCUGAUCCAUUCGAGAGCCACUCUGCCUUAGAAAUCGCGGAGCAGCUCACUUUGCUGGACCACCUGGUGUUUAAAGUCAUGCCAUACGAGGAAUUCUUUGGUCAGGGUUGGAUGAAAAACGACAAAAAUGAGAAAACUCCAUACAUCAUGAGAACAACUAAGCACUUCAAUGAUAUAAGCAACUUGAUUGCCACGGAGAUCCUUCGUUGCGAUGACACGGCCACUCGGGUAACAGUUAUAGAAAAAUGGGUUGCCGUGGCUGACAUCUGCCGCUGCCUGCACAACUACAACGCCGUGCUCGAAAUCACGUCCUCUCUGAACCGCAGCUCUGUUUUCCGCCUCAAGAAGACCUGGCUCAAGAUUUCCAAGCAGACGAGAGCACUGAUUGACAAACUGCAAAAGCUGGUUUCAUCAGAGGGGAGGUUCAAAAACCUGAGAGAGGCUUUGAAAAACUGCGACCCUCCCUGUGUGCCAUAUCUGGGGAUGUACCUCACGGACCUGGCUUUCAUUGAGGAGGGAACGCCAAACUACACAGAAGACAACUUGGUUAACUUCUCAAAGAUGAGGAUGAUUUCUCACAUCAUCAGAGAAAUAAGGCAGUUUCAACAAACGGCAUACAAGAUUGACCUGCAACCAAAGGUAGCACAGUAUCUAUUGGACAAGAGUUUUGUUCUUGACGAAGAAAGCAUGUAUGAAGCUUCGCUCAGAAUCGAGCCCAAAGUGUCCAACUGAUGGGGAAGAUGGUGCUCCGCACUUUGUUUUCUCCGUUACUGUUACACAUAAGUUAACAUACACAUGGACCAUUGUAUAGCU